UGUUGUGCUGGGUGUGCAGAGGACCGGGGAUUUGAUGUCAAAAUAAUAAGAAGAAGAACAAUAAAAACAAUUGAAUUGAAACGCCCCUGCAUAGGUAGAGGUACUAAAUGUACUGCGGUUGGUCUGCUGAUCAAUUAAAGUACGCCAAAGAAGAAAAAAUCACGGAAGAGCUAGGUGGUCACUAACAUUAGUGAAGAGUAUGGCGUUGGAUGCAAGUUUGAGCGCAGGGAUGGAGAUGGAGUUGGAUCCAGAGCUGGAGGAGGAGUUCGGGGUGUCUUUGGAUGAGUUGCGCAAGUGGAUUGAGGAGCAGGUGGAUUGCAGCGAGGCUGUGCUGCAGAGGAAAGCUCAGCUGGCACAGCUGCAGGACUGGGUUGAGCAGAGAGAGAAAGAGGUUGCCGAUAUGGACUCUCUCUGUUCCAAUGCCUCUGAGUCUGUGGUUCAGUGUGAGGCUCUGGUAAAGGAGGUGUACAGUAACAUGGGUCUAGUGUAUCGCGAGAGCAGCUCGGAGGAUGAAGAAGGAGGUCGGGCAAAAGCUUCUGAGGUCAUUGAGAUUGACGACGAUGACGAUGAUGAUGAUGUCAUUGCAGUAGGUUGUGUGGUUCCUCCUAAGAAAGUUAUAAAACCAGCCAAGGACCCUAAGUUUAUGGAAGCUUCAGCUGCCCUUCAGAAAACAUCUCAGCAGGUGCAGAACCUGGCGCAGACUGUCAACAAAACCCCAUCGGGUCUCACCACACCCACUAAGACAGUGCCCCCUCCCACGCAAGCACAUGGUGCUCUGACUGUUCCAGCAGUAUUCAUGUCCUCAGCCCCAAAAAACACGCCCACUCAACCAAACCCCAAUCUCAAACAGGAUGACAUGAAGAUAGACAUGACACUUUUGGGUAAAAAACGAACUAAGACGUGGCACCGUGGAACACUUAUUGCCAUCAAACAAAUGGGGAGCAAUUUUAAGUACAAGGUGAAGUUUGAGAAUAAGGGGAAGAGUCUUUUGUCUGGGAACCAUGUGGCAUAUGACUACCACCCAACACUGGAGAGACUGUACGUUGGUGCCCGUGUUGUUGCCAAGUAUAAGGACGGCAACCAAGUCUGGCUCUAUGCAGGCGUAGUUGCUGAGAUGCCCAACAGCAAGAACCGCAUGAGGUUCCUGAUCUUUUUUGAUGACGGUUAUGCCUCGUAUGUGGGCCUGCCUGAGCUCUACCCUAUCUGCAGACCAUUGAAAAAGAGCUGGGAGGAUAUUGAGGAUCAAUCAUGCAGAGAUUUCAUCGAAGAGUAUAUCACAUCGUACCCAAACAGACCCAUGGUUUUGCUGAAGCCAGGGCAAAUUAUAAAGACAGAAUGGGAAGGGACGUGGUGGAAAAGCCGUGUGGAAGAAGUGGAUGGCAGUCUUGUCAAAAUGCUCUUCCUGGAUGAUAAGCGCAGUGAGUGGAUCUAUCGCGGCUCUACAAGACUGGAGCCCAUGUUUAAUCUGAAAAUGAACACUGCUAACAGUCAAGAGAAGAAGAUGGCUGGUCAACAAAGACAGCGCCCUAAUAUGGGAGCGUUAAGGACUAAGGGCCCUGUAGUACAGUACACUAGUGAUAACAGUAGUUCCAAUACCAGUCGACCUGUAGUCCCACAGCUCCCACCGCCUCGGACUCUACCUGCUGGACCUCCACAACCUUCCCGUACAGAGAGUCCUGGCUUUAAGAGUCAAAUGGCUAAGAAGAGCACUGGUGCAGUUGUAAUGCAGCCUCGCCAGAGCAUGACCUCUGACCUCCAGUCCAAAGCACUAAUCAGCACUGUUGCCCAGGCCAAUACCUCCAGGCUCUUUAUUCUGCAGCCCGGCCCUGUGCAUACGCUGACUCCAAUCACUUCAGUCCAGCAUUCUUUGCAAUCAACAGUGUCGACAUACUCAAGUGAGCGUAUUCCUCAGGAACCGUCGUACCAGGCACCAAACGACCGACUCUUCUACCUUACACACACCUGUACCCCAGACUGUCUGAAGCGCAUCCGACCCACCCGACCAAACCUGCACCGAGGACGCAACCCCCUUCUUACACCAUUGCUCUACGAGUUUCGUCGCAUGACUGGCCGUAGACGCCUUAACCGCAAGAUGUCAUUCCAUGUCAUCUACAAGUCCCCAUGUGGCUUGAGUCUGAGGAAUAUGGCAGAGAUCCAGCGCUACCUCUUCCAGACACUCUGUGACUUCAUCUUCUUGGAAAUGUUCUGUCUUGACCCCUACGUGCUGGUGGACCGCCGAUUCCAACCUCAGAGGCCCUUCUACUUCAUCCGUGACAUCACAGGCGGCCGAGAGGACAUUCCCCUAUCCUGUGUGAAUGAGAUCGACAACACGCCUCCACCCAAUGUGGCCUACAGUAAAGAGAGGAUCCCAGCAGAUGGAGUCUACAUUAACACAAGUCCAGACUUCCUGGUGGGCUGUGACUGCACUGAUGGCUGCAGAGACAAAUCAAAGUGUUCGUGUCAUCAGCUAACUCUACAGGCUACAGGGUGUACUCCAGGAGGACAGAUCAACACCAAUGCUGGAUACCAUCACAAGAGACUGGAAGAGUGUCUCCCUACAGGGAUCUAUGAAUGUAACAAGAGGUGCCGCUGUAAUCCUCAGAUGUGUACUAAUCGUCUGGUUCAGCACGGUUUGCAGGUCCGGCUGCAGCUCUUUAAGACCCAGAAUAAGGGCUGGGGCAUCCGUUGUCUUGAUGACAUUGCCAAGGGCUCCUUUGUUUGUAUCUAUGCAGGUAAAAUCCUGACUGAUGACUUUGCUGACAAGGAAGGUCUGGAGAUGGGUGAUGAAUAUUUUGCCAAUCUAGACCACAUUGAGAGUGUGGAGAACUUUAAGGAAGGCUAUGAGAGUGAGGCUCACUGCUCUGACAGUGAGGGCAGCGGAGUGGACAUGAGCAGGGUUAAACUUACUGCAUCCUCCCACCAUGGUAAAUCCACCACCAAGACGGAGGAGCGGAACAGCAGCACUACCGGAAAAAGCCAAGACGAUUCAUCUGAAGACAGUGACGAUGACAAAGACGAUGACUCUAAUGAGGACGAGAGCGACAGCUCAGACGACACAUUUGUGAAAGACACAUACUACUCUUCCAGCUCAGUGUGGAGGAGCUACACCACCCGCAGACAGGCCAAAGGAAUGAAGGAGGAGAGCCAGGACAGUAAGGAUGGACUGAGCGUGUCAGCGGGAGAGGAGAGGAAACCACCUCCCAUGCCAGAGGAGACCGGGAAGAGUAAAGUGGCAUCUUGGCUCACCAGUCAGUCCCCCACCUCUGGCAAUCAGAGUGUCAAGAUGGAGGGAGGAGUGAAGGCAGAGAAGAAGGAUGUAAUGACCCUCUCUGACAGUGACGAUGUGCAAACUAUCAGUUCAGGCUCAGAUGACAACAAGGAGAGAGAGAAAAAGACUCAGGCUGUGGUGAAGAGGCAGGUGGCGGUGAAGUCCACACGUGGCAUUGCUUUGAAGUCCUCCCACAGUCUGAUGGUGAAAUCAGGGGGAGCAGGUGCAGGAGGUGGGUCAGGCCCAUCUCACGGACAGGGUGGUGGCAACAGUGGCCCUAAAAACACCCGGCAGUUCUUUGAUGGGGAGGAAUCUUGUUACAUCAUUGAUGCCAAACUGGAGGGCAACCUGGGACGCUACCUCAAUCAUAGCUGCAGCCCUAAUCUGUUUGUCCAGAAUGUGUUUGUGGACACUCAUGAUCUACGAUUCCCCUGGGUGGCCUUCUUCGCUAGCAAGCGAAUUCGGGCAGGGACAGAGCUGACGUGGGAUUAUAAUUAUGAAGUUGGCAGUGUGGAAGGCAAGGAGCUUCUGUGCUGCUGUGGAUCAACAGAAUGUAGAGGACGAUUGCUCUAACACACAAACACACACACAAAUAGUACCUCCUAUUAUAGAUGCCCCAGUGAAUACUUGCUUAGAGCUCAUGCAAGUUGAUAUUGCCAGUUAAGUUGUGUACUACUUACGAGAACUGGAGGACACUGAACGAAAAGGAAUUGGUUUAGAACUCAUUAAAACUGUAAAAAGUACAUGAUCAUAUGCCCUCAACUGUGCUCUCUUAGUUAAAGUCCGAAACAGGGACAUGUCAUCUAUCGAUCCAUUUAUAGAUUACACAGUCCUUCCCCUACAAAGCUGUUUCUUUUUACAUACAUCUGUCAAUUUCUUCUUCCUGAUGAAUUGCUUAGUCACCCUUUGCCUGCUCUUUUAUACAUUGUUUUCAUAUUGAGGAUAAAAAAAUAAAUAAAAACAUAUAUAUAUAUAUUAUUUUUUAUUUUUUUUGGUACUCCUGGUUUUGUGUUUUUGUCUUUGUAUGCUACUGUUAAGAUGUGUAGCAGUUGCUCAACAAGUAUAUGAACACAGAACAAAUUGUACUUUUGUCUCAAUUUGAAUUAAAGUUCUCCAUAUAAAGA